AUGUCUGAUUGGAGCAAGGAUUCAUUCAUGUCCGAUUGGGACGAAAAGUAUGUGUCGACGAAUGUCAAACCUGGUAGCCGGCCAUAUGAAAAAGAUCUUUUCAUCUCCUUAAACUCCAAUUUGGUGGCUUCUCACCCUGAGCUCGGUGGUUUUAGUCAUGCUAUCAUUGCCGCGGCAUGUUGCGCUCUAGGUCGCGCCGACGUCGUGGGGAGAUUCUUUGACGACAUUACCAGUGAGGCCAGUUCUGAAGAUUCAAGAGCCAUCUUUCUCUGUCUGAGGGAAGCCAUCACAAUCAUCUUUCCGUAUGUGGGCAUGCCAACCUGCAUUCCAGCCUGCUAUGGCAUGAUUGGUGUCGUUCAGAGAAAAGGGCCCGCCUACGCCUCUACGGAGGUUCUGCGUAAACCAACAAUUGACGAAAACGACGUGGAAAAUGGACGGGCGCUGCGAGCUGAGAUAUACCGCGGCGUGGGGAAUUCGGAUAUCUUCAGUCUAAUGCACAAGUACUUCACUGAUCUCUUUACUUGCUCGACUUCAGUCACCUGGGGUUACCUCAUUUCCAAAGCAAACGAGCAAGUAUUCCAGCCAAACCAGUCACAUUUGAUCGUCGCAUCUGCCAUUGCAGCCCUUGGGGCCACUCGGCAGACCAAGAGCCACAUCAAGGCAACACUAGGCAUUGGCAAUUCCGUAGAUUGUGUCAAGAGUGUUCUAGCCACCAUAACGCAACUCGCGGGUUGGGCGGACCGUUCCAUCGCGAAUUUUGACGUGGAAGCACUUUCAUUGGAGAUUCGGGCUGCUUUAGAGAAGUAA